UAGACGAUUAUUUGUUUUUUGUAAAAUCAUUGUGCAAAAAUAUUGAAGAACAUUUUGCGAAAUUAUUUUCUAUAAACAAAUAAACCUCAGUAUUUUGUUUAAAAGAAGUAAAUAAAACGACAGCAUGGCAGAUCAUGAUGAAUUAAUUGCCCAAUUUAUUGAUAUAAGUGGUGGAGAAGAAAAUGUUGCUAGAUUUUAUUUGUCUAGCAGCAAUUGGUCAUUAGAGGAUGCUUUGUCGAAUUUUUUGGGUAAUCAAGCAGAUGAGGGUAUGUCAGAAGCCGCUGGCGGCGUACCAGAGGAACAGACUGCUACAGACUUGAGCGAGACGAAAACAUCAUCAUCAGAAGGUGGAAAUUUUGGUAAAGGAACUUCUGGUGCCAAACCAAGAUUCGCUACAUUGGGUGAUAUGUCAAAACGUAACAGCAGCAAUGAUGAUGAGGAAGGUCAAGCAUUUUAUGCCGGUGGCUCAGAUCGCUCUGGUCAACAAGUUUUAGGUCCACCAAAACGUAAAAACUUUCGUGAGCAAUUAACUGAUAUGUUUCGCAUGGCGCAAGAAAACAGUGCCGGUGUUGAUAGUGCACCAGCUCCAAGCACUUCUUCCGGUGCUAGCUGGGGACAAGGAAUUCGUCUGGGUAUGACCGAUUCCGACCAUUCUGUUGUUACGCCCUCCUCUAAAGAAGGUGAAAAAACUAAACCAGUAGUAGUGUUAAAAUUAUGGAGCCAAGGAUUUUCUAUAGAUGAUGGAGAACUACGAUUGUAUGAUGAUCCUCAAAAUAAAGAAUUUUUAGAAACUGUUAUGAGAGGCGAAAUUCCCAAUGAACUUUUGGAAAUGGGCUGGUUGGUCAAUGUUGAUGUAGAAGAUCAUCGACAUGAAGAUUACAAAAAGAAGCCCACAACCGUAAAGACUUUCAAAGGUUCUGGACAUGCAUUAGGAAGCCCAACUCCCAAUAUUACUGAAAAUACUACCGACUUACCAUCGGCGGCAUCAGCAUCAGCGGAUGCACCUACUGACACAAAAGCAUGUGACGAAGCAGCAAAGAAAAAACUUAAAGUUGAUACCUCUGCUCCAACUACUACACUACAAAUUCGUUUAGCUGAUGGCACACGUCUAGCAUCACAAUUUAAUCUGUCCCACACCGUAGGCGAUAUACAGGAAUAUAUACAAACUGCACGUCCUCAAUAUGCUAAUCGUAAUUUCAUAUUGGUUUCAUCAUUUCCUACACGAGAACUAACUGAUGUAAGUGCUACCAUAGAAUCAGCUGGUCUUAAAAACGCCGCUCUAAUGCAAAGGCUAAAAUAAGAAUUUAGUUUGUGAAAGAUAAUUAAUUAGUCAGUUGUUAUACACAAGAAUCAAGAAGAUUUCAAAAGCAUCAAAACGAAUUCCAUUUCAACAUUUUUUACAUUAAUUCAAUGGUUAGUUUUAUCCUCUAUACAUAAAUUCUUAUUUUCUUAUUUGUUGGAUUUCUAUGAAUAAUAAUAACAUUAAAAAUUCGUAUAAAGUAA